CAUAUGUGAAUAACCAAAAAAUUUUUCAACAGAAAUGAAUUGCAUCAAUUCAAUUCAAAAAUGAAGAUUAUCAAUAAAUCAGUAAUGCUUCUAAAAACCCAAAAAGGGGUUAUAGAAACAGACCAGUAUGAAAAACUAUUGAAAUCACACGAUUUUAAGGUUAAACAAGUAAACACCUUGAUCUUUAAAUAUCACGAUUUGAGUGAAUUAAAUAACAAACUGAAAAAUUGCAAUGAUUACAGUGGUAUAUUGCUAUCUAGCCCACGUUGUGUUGAAGCUGUAUAUUUAUCAUCAGGUGAAAAACAGCUCGACUCUUCUUGGAGGACGAAGCUCAACUAUACAGUUGGAGAAGCUACUCACUUAGCGGCUUUAGAAAGAUUAGGUAUAGACUGUAGAGGAAAAGAAAGUGGAAAUGCCAAGAACCUUUCAGAGAUAAUUAUGAAAGAGAAUACAGGUGCAGUGAAACCUUUCCUAUUUCCCCAUGGUAACUUGAAGACUGACACACUCAAAAUAGAAUUGGGAAGAUCCAAUAUAGGCGUUGAAGGUGUUCUAGUUUACGACACCCUCGCCAAUCCAAAUAUAGAAGAAGACUUCAGACUUGCCACUUGUGAUUUCACCAAUUUCCCAGAAUAUGUAGUGUUUUUCAGUCCCUCUGGAGUGAGGAGUUCAAUUGAACUGUUUAGAAGAGUUCCAGAUUGUUUAGAAAAAAUUAAGUUUAUAGCGAUUGGACCUGUUACUGAAACAGCAAUGAAGGAGGAGAAUAUCGUACCAGAAGGCGUAGCAGCUAGCCCAAAUCCUACUGAAGUUUUAAAUUUGUUGAUGAAGAAAUUGUAAUAUUGAAAUUAUAUGAUUUAAUGGGACUUGUGCAAUGAAGGUAAUGAAUAUAUCAGUUUUCUUCAAAUGUGGAUGGUUGGAGUAUUUUGAUACUGAAGUAACAAGGAAAAGCAUCUUGAUUUUUUCAUAACCGUAUAUUCACUUUUUUAAUAAUAAUUUUCAUGACAAAUGAUGGAUGGUUGUGAUUGAAGCAAAUUUGUUCUAAGAAAUAAAUAUAUUUUUCACAAUUUUCAAAUAAACGUAACAAAAUUAACAAGAUGAAA